GUUUUUAUACGGAACCGUAAAGGUAGCCUAGAUCUUUUUGAUUGGUUUCUUAUCUGACAAAAACAUUUUAUCAGAUUUAUUUAUACGACAAAGUAGUAAAACGAAACACGAAUAAGAAAUUGUAAUAUUGAUAAAUCGCUGGUGAAAAUACUCUUGAUAAGGUUAUCAGAGGAAACUGGGAACACCUUAAACUUACUUAUUUAUGUUACUGACUGAUAAGGCAACGGAUAUAAAUAGACAUAUCUAAGGACAUAGCCAUAGGUUACAUCUCAGAAGCAUUAGGAAUAGAAUGGGCGCCCCUCCACCUGCCCAUGUCUCGUCGUCUCCAGACCCUGGCUGCGACGGCCUGGAUUAUUCUAGUGCUGUUCGGGGAAGCGGCAGCCAUUUUGAUUUUCAUACAACUCAUAUACUCCGGGUUCUGGUGGCUAACGCUUUUGUAUGGCAUUUGGAUGCUAAACGAUCUCGAUGUUUGCCAUAGAGGUGGUCGAAAAAUAGAAUGGGUUCGAAACUGGUCUUGGUGGAACUACUACCGCGACUAUUUCCCAAUCAAACUCGUCAAAAAGCAAGAUUUGGAUCCUUCUAGAAACUACCUCUUCGCCUGCUUCCCUCACGGCGUGGUAUGCUCUGGAGCUUUCGGGGCCUUUGCCACAAAUGCUUUGGGCUUCUACAAAGUAUUCCCAGGAAUGACUUGCCAUAUGAUUACGUUGGCUGGACAUUUUAGAGUGCCUUUUUUCCGAGAUUUGGUUCUUGCUCUGGGAAGCUGUGCGUCUUCUCAAGAGAGUUUGCUUUAUCUGUUGGAUAAGAAGAAGCAUCAAGGGAAAUGUGUAGCCUUGAUCGUUGGCGGUGCUGCAGAGGCGUUGGACUCGCAUCCUGGAGAGUAUAAAGUCAUAUUGAGCAGGAGGAAAGGAUUUGUUCGAGUUGCUAUGAAAUCUGGAGCUCCCCUGGUCCCAGUAUUCUCAUUCGGUGAACCGGACGUGUUCCGACCGCCGAACAACCCUCAAGACAGUCUACUCCGCAAGUUCCAGGAGAAAGUGCGCCAGCUCACCGGCAUUUCACCCAUGUUCCCCAUCGGUCGAGGCGUCUUCCAGUACUCUUUUGGGGUGGUGCCUCUGAGAUCGCCGAUCACGACUGUCGUUGGUGAGCCAAUGGAGAUAGAAAGGAAUUUGGAGCCAACUGACGCCGAGGUGGACGCAGUACACGCGCAAUUCACUCAGAGACUCAUCUCGCUGUUCGAGGCCGAGAAGAGUAAAUAUCUGAAGGACCACGAAAAAGUAAAACUUGUCAUUACAUAAGUCACAUAGGUUAUAUCUGUAGUAGCACCAAAGUUUGUAGUAGAACAAGGUCAUUCAGUAAGGGAGUCCUACACCUUGUUCAGGGAGUCAAGCUAACAGUAGUAAUAACGGACGUAAGGCACGUUUACUUUGCGACCAAAAUAUCAGUCUCCUCCACAAAACAUUACCCUAAAGGUCUCAUCUUUCACUCGUGCGGUACAGACGUCGCGGUCUGUUUUUGAUUUUACGUUCAAUUAUAAUAUAAUUAAAAUAUUAUUAAUUUUAUCUUGAUGUCGCACGGGUGGAAGGCAUGGACAUAAGCUACCAUAAACGCAUUCAAUUUUCGGGUUCCGUACCUCGAAAGGAAAAGAAGAACCCUUAUAGGAUUACUUUAAUUGUCUGUCUGUCCAUCUGUCCGUCUGUCAAGAAAACCUGUAGGGUACUUCUC